GUGGCGGGGCGCGCGCGCUGAAGGGCGCGUCCGUGCGCUGAAUCAAGAGAGCGAGGAGCAGCAGACUGCAGCACAGCUCAUUCAAUUCACACCCAGACGCCGACUCACUCAGAGACACAGCCAUGGCCUCCGGAGUUACAGUGGAAGAGAAUGUGCUGACAGUCUUCAAUGAGAUGAAGGUCCGCAAAGCGCAGGCCAAUGAAGAGGAGAGGAGGAAGAGGAAGAAGGCUGUCCUGUUCUGCCUGAGCGAGGACAAGAAGAAAAUCAUCAUGGAGGAGGGCCGUGAGAUCCUCCAGGGAGAUGAGGGAGAUCCCUACCUCACCUUUGUCAAGAUGCUCCCCCCUGAUGACUGCCGCUACGCCCUGUAUGAUGCCACAUAUGAGACCAAGGAGACCAAGAAGGAGGACCUGGUUUUCAUCUUCUGGGCCCCUGAAAAUGCUCCACUUAAGAGCAAGAUGAUCUAUGCUAGCUCCAAGGAUGCCAUCAAGAAGAAGUUCACAGGUAUCAAGCACGAGUGGCAAGUGAACGGUUUGGAUGACAUCAAAGACCGAAAGACCCUUGCUGAGAAGCUCGGGGGAUCAUCAGUGAUCACUCUUGAAGGGAAGCCUCUGAAUGAUUGAGGCCAACGCUUUUGAGGGGUAUAGCUGUUCAUUCCGACAUUGGUGGGGCAGGGGGGCUUAGCAGGAUUGUUUGCAGGGCUGGUGGGUGGGUUCUUGUGGGUGGGGAGGGUUGGUUGAAAGUGACAGUUUCCAAACUCCACAAAAAGUAGGCUGUCAUUCCAGUUCACACAUACAAAGAACAAAACACAAAAGAAAAAAGAUCUUAAAAAAAUAAUUUAAAAAAUGAUGAAGGAUGAUGAUUAUAAAAACAAAAUAUAAUUGUAAAUGUGCAGACAGGUUUUUGUUCUUUCCGGGUUCCGCUUGACUGAAGGGAAAGGAUGAGACUGAACAGCAACCGUUACUAUUCAACUAUCAAAUCUACAGAAUACUGUUCAUACCUUAAUUAUACAAUGAAGGUUUUUUGUUUUGGUUUUUUUUUGUUUUUUGUUUUGGUUUUUUUUGCCAAACUUCUGGUUAAGUUUAAGUAUGUGUAGAGUUGAGACUAGGUGUAGUACAAAACAGUUUACUUCAGGAGUGGAUGCACAAUAAGUAUCAAUAAUAGCAUUUUGGGGUCACAAUUACUCUCCUUCCCCCUUUUUUUCCUUUCUUUCUUAUUUUGAAAUUCCAAGUGGCUUUUAAUGAUUCCAGCUCUUAUUUGCAAACAUUUCCAAAACCAUGGCACUUGUGUCAAGAAAUUUAAACACAUUCCUUACACAUGUAAAAAUUCUGGAUCUGGUGGCUCGGAUGCCUGCUGAUGAAUUGGUUUGAUUGAAGGCAGAAUGGGAUGAAGGAAAGAUGGGCAGCGACGUAUUUGAACAGCCUGUGUACAGAGCUUUGAAGGAUAUUGGAUAGUGGAUGUUUUGUAUCGUCUCCUUAUCUCUAAUAAAAAAGGCACUAAACUAC